UAUAUUUCUGUUUUGUUUUGUUUAAGUUGAAUGUUUUUGUUAUGUCAUCUAUUUCAUGCUUUCUUUCAGGGAUUAAUAGAGGCUGUCAAAGAAAGGGUCCCAACAGCAGAGCAUAGACAAUGUGCUAGGCACAUAUAUGCUAACUUCAAGAAAAGAUUCAAAGGUGAACAAUAUAGGAAGUUGUUUUGGGCAGCAGCUGCUAGAACUACUCAACCAAAAUUUGAGGCAGAAAUGAAUUCCAUAAAAAAAAUUGACCCUUUGGCUUAUGAACACCUCAUGGAAAGGGACCCUAAAAGUUGGUGCAGGGCAUUCUUUGAAGUGGACAGGGCUUGUGAUGCUUAUGAGAAUGACAUAUCAGAAAGUUUCAACUCCAUUAUUGAUCUUGCUAGGAAAAGGCCACUCAUCACCAUGUUGGAAGAGAUAAGGAUUUAUGCAAUGGAGAGGAUGUAUAAAAUGUUGCAAGAGGGACAAAGUUGGGGGAAUUUAAAAAUAUGUCCAUCUAUAAGGUUGAAGAUAUCAAAGCUAAAGAAACAGCAAAGAUUUUGGGGUGUUAUACCAUCUGGGAUACAACAAUAUGAAGUUAGGAUUGGAAAUGAUGGAUAUGCUGUGGACCUUAACAACAACACAUGUGGAUGUAGAUCUUGGCAAGUAUCAGGUAUCCCAUGUGUGCAUGCAGUGACAGCCAUUUCAUACCUUAACAGGAAUGCAGAGGAUUAUGUUGCACCAUGGUUCCAUACAGCCAUGUUCUUGACUUGUUACAACCAUACCAUUAACCCACUUAAUGGUAGUUCCAUGUGGCCUGAAGCUCCCUACAUGAAGCCAUUGCCUCCUCAAAAAAGAAGGUUACCAGGAAGGCCAACCCUUAAAAGGAAAAAAGAUCAAUCUGAGAUGGAAAGCAAGGGGAAAACAAGGCAUACUAUCUCAAAAGCAGGUUCAGUUAAUAGAUGCACUAUUUGUAGAGAAAGGGGCCACAAUAGAUCAACAUGUCCUACUAGACCAGCAGAUGUAGCAUCCACUUCAAGGCCAAAAAACAAGAAACCUAAAAAAUGUAAAAAAGAGAAAGCAGGUAAAGUGGAACCAGUUCAAGUGGAUCCAGUUCAAGCAAAUCCAGUGGAUCCAGUUCAAGUACCAGCUCCACAGGUUGAUCCAGUUCAAGCAGAUCCGGUAGAUCCAAUUCAAGUACCAGCUCCACAUGUUGAACCAGUUCAAGAAGAUCCAGUGGAUCCACUUCAAGUACCAGCUCCACAUGUUGAACCAGUUCAAGCAGAUCCAAUGGAUCCAGUUGAUGUACCAGCUCCUCCAGUGGAUCCAGUUCAAGUAGAUGAUCCACAUCCAGAUGUUGAUGUCCCUGCUCAACCAGUUGCAACUAGACAGAGGAUACGAAAAUACUCAGAAAGAAUUACCAAGAUAGGGUUGAGAAGGAAGGUUUUGAAGAAAGAAGGAAGCACUGGACACAACCCAAUGGUGUUGGAAUGAUUUUAUUUGGAAAGACAAACUUUUAGUCUUAUAAAUAUGUAAUUGGGAAAAAUUUAAGAAUCAUGGCACAUGGCACAUCUUUUGACAUAUUAGGACAACUGUGGGCACAGCUUUUGUAAUAGUGCACAUGCUGAUGGAAUAUUACAACUUUGUCUUUUAUCUAUAUGCUUUGGUGUACGGUUAUUUGCAUAUAGAUUGUUUAA